CACAAGCACGAGUUUCUGGCGGAGAUGCGCUUCUUCUACCCACGCGCCGAGGAGGACGAAAACAAAGUACAAGUUGAGGGCGAGGAUGAAGUAGAGGAAGAAAGCAGAGCCCAGGAGUAUCGUGCUUCUGCAAAGAAGCCUGUGGCCAGAUAG